AUGGCACUCAUCAAUGACGCUGCUAUCAACGCAACGAUGCGAGCCGUUGUGUGGCAAGGCAAUGCCUACAAUGUUAGCGUUGUCGAUCUACCUAAACCCACCAUCAUCAACCAAACCGAUGCUGUUAUUCAGAUGUCCAGAGCAGCUAUUUGUGGAUCGGACCUACACAUCUAUCGUGGAACAAACGUAGGCCAGCCACCCCCAUUCGGUCUUGGUCAUGAGGGAGUUGGCUAUGUAUCCGAGGUCGGUUCAGGUGUUGGGUCACUUAAAGUUGGUGACCCGGUGAUUGUUCCUUUUACCGUCCACGAGGGUCACUUGCACUCCGAUCUUACUUCGAAUAUGUAUGCUGGGUACGGUGGUGGAGGGCAGCUAGGUGGAAUGCAAGCUGAGUACCUACGUGUUCCCUUCGCGGACAAUGGUCUCAUACCAGUUCCUUCCUUCGAGUACACGAACUCAACUACGAAUCAAUCUAUAUCUCUGGCAAACGACUACCUUAUGAUGUCCGAUAUCUUUGCCACCGGUUGGGCUGCUCUCGACUUUGCUGGGUUUGAAGCAGGCGAUACUGUGGCCGUCUUUGGAGCUGGACCGGUUGGCUUGAUGGCUGCAUACUCAGCGAUUCUUCGAGGUGCCUCAACUGUGUAUAGCGUGGACUACGUGACCGAUCGACUCGAGCUGGCUGAAUCAAUUGGAGCUAUCCCCAUCAACUUUCUGGAUUCUGAUCCCGUAACGCAAAUCUUGACACUCGAGCCCAAUGGCGUUGCUCGAAGUGUUGAUGCAGUUGGAUACGAGCAAGUUAACAGGAACCUCACGGUCCAGUCGGAUGUUAUUAUUCGAAACAUGUUAGCUGUGACAUCUCCGGGUGGUGGCAUGGGGACUGUUGGAGUCUAUAAUCCAGAAUCCAAUAAUACAGCAACAGCACCACGUGCUUCUACUGUCAAUACGCACUUCAACUUCUCGCUUACUGAUUUCUUUUUUGGAGAAUUCAAGUGGGGAGCUGGGCCUUCGAAGCCAAUUGAUCUUGCGCCACAGCUUUUGCACCUUAUUUCUGAAGGAAAGGCUAGGCCAGGGUUCAUUGUUAGUGAUGUGAUUGAUAUUGAAGACGCACCAGAUGCAUACGCCAGGUUUGAGAGACACGAUGCCAUGAAGGUCGUGAUCAGCUUUGGUCCAUGA